ACAGCGUUGGUUAGGUUAUUCAGAGCGGGUGCAAUCACGGCUCAGAAUUUCACAAUCCGAAUACAACGAGUGUUUAAACAACAAUUUUAGCUCAACAACAUAGGCUUUUCGACUUUUGCCAGAGACGCAACAACAACACCCUUUCAACCACUGUGCAGAAAUAGGCUGCUGGCAUUUCAACAACGACAUUUUGAGCUUUGCUUUAUCGCCUCCCUAAUCCCAGUCCUGACUGGGUACCCUCUACCCUCACCGCCCUCACAAACCCACACAUCGAUUCCAUAAAAGGGGGCGGAGACGCCGACAGCUCCAGGUAGGCAUAUCGAGAAGCAGGAAGCUACCUGGUGCACUAGGGAGUCACCUCUCAAACUCUGUGGAGCUGUCAGUUUAUCUCUCGUCUUUCACCAACUAUUACACACCAAAUAAUAUUUCCGAAGAAUUGCCAGAUAAGACCCAGUCAUGGCGUACCACCCUGAGUUUGAGAAGGCCGGGCAGGAUACAGGGCUUCAGCUGUGGCGUAUUGAGAAGAUGGACCUGGCACCCGUGCCCAAGCACCUCUAUGGCACCUUCUUCUCCGGGGACGCCUACCUCCUCCUCAACACCAUCAAACAGCGCUCGGGACACCUGCAGUACGACCUGCACUUCUGGCAAGGUGCGGACUGCACCCGGGACGAGAGCGGAGCGGCGGCCAUCUUUACUAUUCAGAUGGACGAUUACCUCGGGGGUAAACCCAUCCAGUACCGUGAGGUCCAGGACUACGAGUCCAAAACGUUCGUGGGCUACUUCAAAUCUGGCCUCAAGUACAGGAAAGGGGGAGUGGCCUCAGGCUUCCGGCACGUGGAUGAGGAAGAUGUGAAGCGUUUGCUUCAUGUGAGGGGUCGUCGCGUCGUCAGGGCAACGGAAGUGCCCGUCAGCUGGGACAGUUUCAACCAGGGAGACUCCUUCAUCUUAGAUCUGGGAGAUGAGAUCUACCAGUGGUGUGGCUCCAAGAGUAACCAGUUCGAGAGGCUGAAGGCCACAAAUGUGUCUAAGGGUAUCCGUGACAACGAGCGCUGUGGGCGGGCAAAGCUGCACAUCUGUGAGGAAGGCUCAGAGAGCGAGAAGAUGCUGGAGAUUCUGGGGGAGAAGCCGGACUUACCAGAGACACACUCUGAGGACGAGAAGACCGACACGUCCAACAGGAAGAUGGCCAAAUUAUACAAGGUGUCGGACGCCAGCGGGGACAUGUCUGUGUCCCUGGUUUCGGGAGAGAACCCAUUCUCCCAGAGCGACCUCAAGCCCUCCGACUGCUUCAUCCUGGACCACGGCUCCAACGGGAAGAUCUUCGUCUGGAAAGGGAAGGACGCCAACCAGGAGGAGAGGCACGCCACCCUCAAGGCGGCGGAGGAGUUCAUCAGCAAGAUGGGGUACCCGCGGCACACGCAGGUGCAGAUCCUGCCGCAACACGGCGAGACGCCGCUCUUCAAGCAGUUCUUCAAGGUGUGGCGCGACGUGGACCAGACCCAGGGGCUGGGCAAGGCCUACGUGUCCAACAAGAUCGCCAAGAUCCCCAAGGUGCCCUUCGACGCCUCCACCCUCCACAAAUCUGCCGCCAUGUCAGCACAGUAUGGCCUCAUGGACGACGGCAGUGGAGACAAAAAGAUCUGGCGCAUUGAGGGGUCUGAGAAGGUGCCUGUGGAUCCGUCCGCCUACGGUCAGUUCUACGGCGGGGACAGUUACUUGAUCCAGUACAGCUACCGACACGGCGGACGACAGGGCCAGAUCGUCUACAUCUGGCAAGGGGACGACUCGAGCCAGGAUGAAAAGGGGACGUCGGCUAUUCUGGCCACACAACUGGACGACGAGCUGGGAGGAGCAGCUGUGCAGGUGAGGGUGAUUCAGGGCAAGGAGACGGCCCAGCUGAUGAGCCUGUUUGGGGGGAAGCCGCUGGUGGUGUACCGGGGUGGGACCUCCAGAGAUGGCGGCCAGAGCCAGGCUGCCGACACGCGCCUCUUCCAAGUCAGGGCCAACUCAGCCGGCAACACCCGUGCAGUGGAGGUGGAGGCGGUAGCAUCCAACCUGAACUCCAACGAUGCCUUCGUCCUGGUGUCUCCCUCCUCCUCUGUGCUGUGGGCGGGGCAUGGCAGCUGUGAUGUGGAACAGGGCGGGGCUAAACAGCUCAGUGAGAUUCUAGGGGUGGAGCUUUCUGAGGUCACCGAGGGAGAUGAAGGAGGUGACUUCUGGGAUGCUCUCGGAGGGAAGGCAGAGUAUCGCACAUCAGCCAGGCUGAAGAACAAGAUGGACGUGCAUCCUCCACGCCUGUUCGCCUGCUCCAACAAAACCGGAACGUUCAUGAUUGAGGAGGUUCCUGGUGAGAUGACUCAGGAGGACCUGGCUCCGGAUGAUGUGAUGAUCCUGGACACCUGGGAUCAGGUGUUUGUUUGGAUCGGGAAUGAGGCCAACGAGGAAGAGAAGAACGAGGUCAUGACGUCUGCAUCCCAGUACAUCCAAACGGACCCGUCCAACAGAGACCCCAGGACGCCAGUGGUCAAGGUCAAGCAGGGCUUCGAGCCGCCCACCUUCACUGGAUGGUUCCUGGGUUGGGACUUUAAGUACUGGAGCACUGACCCACUUGAACGAGCCAUGGCUGACCUGUAGAUAAUGUGACCCCGAUGACCUUGACCCAACCCGACCUCAGUUGACUCGGAAUCGGACACAGCCCACAUCUGCUGCCGUUCUUUGCUGGAUGUGUGGCGGGCUCUGACUCAAGGUCAACUGCUGUCUGGGACGGGGCCCGUGCAAUACAGGGUGUGAACAGGGCAGUGUGUGUGUGAGUGUGUCUCAUAAAGGUGUUUUCAGGAGUGUAUUUCAGAAGUGUCCUAACAGGUCAAACCAGAGCAUUAGACAAACGUACAAUCACCCAGCAAAGCACCCCAUUGAAGGUCACACCUGUACACCCAGAUAACAUCCUGUGCACAGUUACCACAGUCAUAGUCUCCACAGCAACACAGCAUAAUCAGUUGUGCCUAACGACCUUAACAGUAACCUCCUCAUACACGCAUCACUAAUGUAGACUUCCUUUGCUACUGGGUUCACUUCCUCACACAUAGAAGAUCCCAUGUCCAGUUCCUGGACUGCCUUUCUAUUGCAGUAGCUGCUUCCUCACACAUAUAAGAUCCCAUGUCCAGUUCCUGGACUGCCUUUCUAUUGCAGUAGCUGCUUUUGUUAUGGUGCAGUGAGUACACACACAUGCUGUUACAGAAACACUUGGUCGCUUAGUCCAGUGCCUGUCUUAGUCUUAGUCCAGUGUCUGUCUCUUUGCCUCUUUCAGCAUUUCUCACACUCUCAUGCAGAUGCAAGCAAAACUACAAAGCCUUAGUUCAAUCUCAGCUGCAGUUAUGAACUCAGUGGUUGAUGUAAAACAUCUGCAUUAAAAUGCUUCUUCUGAUA